AUGCGUCAGCAUUCAGAUUGGCUUUACGUUCGUCGAUGCUUUAUUGGCUCUUUUUUUCUUUCAUUCACCUCUGCAUUCUCAUUGGUCACUUGUCUUUUGCUAACUCAUAUCGGCUUUGAAAUCUCUCUCUCCCUCCUACUUAUCUUGCCUUCCUACGCGUUACUUGCGAAUUUCUACAUGCACGCAACUAGCCACAGCAUUCUCACCGAAGUUUACCCUUUUCACUCCCAUUGGCCCCUCUCCCUGUCCGUACCGUUCACGUACUCAGGUGACGCACAUGGACUAAUCUACUCGCUUGAGAGAACUCAAGGAUCCAGCUUUUCAAUUGAGCCCCGCACGGGUCUGGUGCGAGUCGCUCUCCCGUUGGACAGAGAAACACUUGCUGUACAUCAACUUGACGUACUGGUUUCUGAUACAACAACCUUUCUCCCAGAUCAGGUUGAUCACUUCGCGGAUCGUACAGAAGGACGAAUUUCUUUUCAGCUAGGUCAGGAAAAACGACGUACGUUCAAUGUCUCGGCUUCGGCCACACGACAGCAUACAGCAUCUGCACGGAUUCUUGUUCGUCUCAUCGACGUGAACGACUCUCCGCCUCGAUUUCUUUCGCCUACCAGUACUGAAGGAAUUGGUGGACACGGGGUUCAUUUGUCCGGCCGGAUGAAUGCAACCAGUGGCGCACUGCUCGUCUCCGAGCUGGAGGCGCCGGGCCUUCUACUAACCCAGUUGAGAGCAGUUAGUGACGAUGAAGCUGACAACGCUGUAAUUACAUAUCGUUUACUCACACGACAGCCGGAAUUUGCACUGAACGAGACUACAGGCAAUUUUACGCACUACUCACGACGAAUUGUCGGAACAGUAGAUACUAUAGUUCUAUAUUUGAUCCUCAAGCAAUAUGGUAUAAUCCACAAUCAAGAAUUCUAUGCCACUUAA